GCGCGGGCAGGGAGCGGCGCGGCAGCGAUGGCGGCGGCGCGGCAGCGGGGCCCGCGGGGCUCGGCCGUGCUGGAGCUGCCCCGCGCCCCGCGCUUGGUGUGCGUGGAGUACCCGGGGCUCGUCCGGGAUGUCGGGGCCAUGCUGAGGACGCUGGGAGGAGAGCAGGGGGUGUCGCGGAUCUACGCCGACCCUGCCAAAAGGCUGGAGCUGUAUUUCCGCCCCAAGGACCCCUACUGCCACCCCGUGUGUGCCAACCGCUUCCCCACCUCCACCAUGCUGCUCAGGGUCAGGAGGAGGACCAGGAGGAGGCAGCAGUUGGACCCCGAGGAACAAAGCCAGCCAGAAGUCCAGUUUGAGAUGGAGAUUCUUGGGAUUGUCACCACUGUUUACAAGUUUCAAGGAAUGUCUGACUUCCAGUACCUGGCAAUGCACUCUGGCCCUGAUGGCAAACAAACCUCCAUGUAUGACAAAGUCCUGAUGCUCAAACCAGAGAAGGAGGAGUUUUUCAAUAGAGAUUUACCUCUUUACAUCCCACCACCCAUUUUCUCACGUCUGGACACUCCUGUGGACUAUUUUUAUCGCCCAGAUAUACAGCACAGGGAGGGAUACAACAAUCCCCAGGUGUCUGGUGAGAACCUGAUUGGCCUCAGCAGGGCCAGGCGCCCACACAAUGCCAUCUUUGUCAACUUUGAUGAUGAAGAAGUCCCAACUAAACCCCUGGAUGCUGCUGUACAGAACUGGAAGAAAGUGUGCACCAACCCUGUGGAUAAAAAGGUGGAGGAAGAACUGAGAAAGCUCUUUGAAGUGCGUCCCGUGUGGUCUCGCAAUGCAGUCAAAGCCAAUAUCAGUGUCCAUCCAGACAAGCUGAAGGUGCUGCUGCCCUAUUUGGCCUAUUACAUGUUAACAGGUCCUUGGAGAAGCUUAUGGGUUAGGUUUGGGUAUGACCCCAGAAAACACCCUGAAGCAAAGAUUUAUCAAGUGCUGGACUUCCGAAUUCGCUGUGGAAUGAAAUAUGGUUAUGCUGCUACUGACAUGCCUGUGAAAGCAAAACGCAGCACGUACAACUACAGCCUGCCCAUCACUGUCAAGAAACAAGGAAGUCACACAGUCAGUGUCCACGACCUGAAACAGGGGCUGGGUUCAGCUGGUACCUCUGGGGCAAAAAAGCCCCCCUCCAGCAGGUAUAAGCUGAAGGAAUCCGUCUACAUUUUCCGAGAAGGAGCCUUGCCCCCUUACCGCCAGAUGUUCUACCAGCUCUGUGACUUAAAUGUGGAAAGCCUGCAGAAGAUCAUCCAUCGGAAUGACGGCACGGAGUCAGAGUGCACGGAGCGGGAUGGGUGGUGCCUUGCCAAGACAAGUGAUGACCUCAGGGAUAGCAUGUCCCUGAUGAUAAAGCAGAUCAUCAGAUCCACCAGACCUGCUCUUUUCUCAAAUACAACAAGCAACGAAGAUGGCAAAGAACAGCUGGCAUAUGAGUCUGGAGAGGAUGAGGAUGAUGAAGAGGAGGAGGAAGAGGACUUCAAGCCUUCUGAUGGGAGUGAAAAUGAAAUGGAGACAGAAAUUCUGGACUAUGUGUGAACUCAGUGAGCAGUGUGGCUGCUGUGGACAGAACUAUCUCUGCUCUUGCUCCUUGAGAGCCAAGGGUUCAGCAUCAGGAUCUGGGAAAGCAGAGCUUGUAUAAGCUGAUGAUGUUCUCUCUGCACUGACUGCUGGUGGGCAGCAUUCUGGAAGUUUGGGAGCCACUGCCUGCAUUUUCAGAAUUGCUGGCUGAGAAACCCUCCAGCAAGCUCAACAAACUCCCAAGAGUGAGCCCAGAAUCCAAACCAGAUGGCAACACACCAGAACAUGGGAGAAGCUCUAUUCCCAAAUCUCUCCAUGUGUGGGAGUGCACUCUCUCCAGGCUGGUGGCCAUGUGGAAAAUAGAAAAGGUGCCUGAGGAGGUGCUGGGAGAAGAAGCAGUCCAGUGCUGCUGAAGUCCCUAAGCAGGUUCUGCCCUUCUGCUUGUCCAGAGGGAAUGAAAAUACUGAGCUAUGCCUUCAGCACUGAGCCUUGCUGAUCAUCUUGGAAAUAAAGCCACCAGGAAAAUACA